UCAAUGUCUGAAGAGAUUACUUACGCAGAUCUUAAGUUCCAGGACUCCUGUAAGACAGAACAUAUCCAGGUACUUGACAAAUUUGGGAAGAAAGCACCUCCUGCUCCUUCCCAUACGUGGCAUCUAGCAACCGUAGCUCUGAUUCUCAUAUGCCUUCUACUGCUCAUUGGAUUGGGAACCUUAGGAAGCUUGUUUGGCAUAACUUUGAAGACAGAAGUGGAAAAAGUGAAUAAACUACAAAAUAUCAAUGAAGAACUCCAGAAAAAUGUUUCUCUGCAGUUGAUGAAUAACAUGAAUAGCUCCAACAAAAUCAGGAACCUCUCUAUUGUACUGCAAAAAAUAGCCACCAAUUUAUGUUAUGAGCUAUAUAGAAAAAAUCCAGAGCACAAAUGUAUACCUUGCCCAAAUGGAUGGAGGUGGCAUGAGGUCAGCUGUUACCUUCUGUCUGAUGAUCUUCAAACAUGGCAAGAGAGUAAAAUGAUGUGUGCUGCUCAGAAUGCCAGCCUCUUGAAGAUCAACAACAUGAGUGAAUUGCAAUUUAUAAAGUCUCAGCUUUUAUAUGACUAUUGGCUGGGAUCACCUCUCAAAACAAAACGCACUUACGCUGAGAAGCUAGAUGACAUAAUCAACUUCUCUACCUGGGAUCUAAGAGAAAUAAAUGACUUAAAUAAGACUUAUUGUGGAUAUAUAUAUGGAACAUAUGUUUAUUAUACUCCCUGCACUAACAACAAAAAAAUGUUAUGUGAGAAGAUAGUCAAUCCAGUGAAGAUUGAAAGUACACUCAUGAGUGAAGUCUCAGAUUAA